AUAAAAUAGCUAGGCUGGACUAAUUAUAUUAGUUUCCAUAUACUCUUAUUCUUAUCCUUAUGUAAUUCAAAUUGAAUAUCUAUACAAAGAAUGUGAUAAUUGGCCAGUGUAUUUACAGUUACCAUAUUUAAUGGUGUACCGAAACAAGUUUCAUGUGUCAUGUCCUAUGUUUGGGUUUUUCAACUAUAAAUAAGACCAAUAUCCACACUUGAAAAUCACCCAACAAACCAAAAAAAAAAAAAAAAAAAGAAAGAAAAAUCUUAUUUAUUCUUAUAUACCCUUUUCUUUAUUUCUCUUCUAAAGAUAAAGAUGAAUAGCAACAUAGUUAUGUGUUUUGUUGUUGUUUGCUCACUUUCAUUUUCACCACUACUAAGCCAUUGCAGGCCAGUUUUGUCAUCAAUAGCAGCAAAUAAGCUUAAUGACUUAAUCGAAAGCACAUGCAAACAAACACCAAACUACAAUGUUUGUGUCUCUUCUCUUCGAUCUGACCCUCGAAGCUCCAAGGCUACUGAUGUUGAAGGACUAGGCCUAGUGAUGGUCGAUGUGCUUAAGGGGAAGGCACAGGAGACACUGGACCAGAUCAACGACCUACUUAAGCAGAGUCCCAAGCCUGAACUGAAGCAGCCAUUGGGUUACUGUGCUCUCAGUUAUGGCGCCAUUUUGAAUGGUGAUAUCCCACAAGCCACUGAGGCUUUCACCAAAGGUAACUACAAGUUUGCGGAAGAGGGUUGUAAUGAUGCUGCAAAUGAGGCUGAUUUGUGUGAGAGCAAGUUCACACCACCAGGCUCUUCUCCUAUUACUCAGAUGAACACUGCUGUGCAUGAUGUGGCUGCCGUCACUGCUUCCAUGGCUAGGAUAUUACUUGCUUAGGACUUGAUUUUAUUCGACUCUCUAUUUUUCAUGCCUAUCUGUUAUAAUUACUUACAUUUAUAUCAUGGAAUAAUCA